AUGGCGAUCGUUCCACGAAACCCAGUAAAGGGGCAGGUGGCAGGUGGCAGGUGGCAAGCACGAAGGGAGGAGCCUGACCCCAAAAGAUGCGAGUACGACAGGCAAGGCGUAAAGCACGAGAGACACGCACGAGAAGCAUUGCGAGACAAAAGAGAAAUGAGCUGCCGCCCAAUCACCAAUAACACCAAAGUCCGUACCAAUAAGCCCAACGACUCAAUUCGUGGACAGUGGGGCGCAGACGUUUGGGACAACAGCAGUUCGUCCUGGUGCCAUGGUGGUGGGAUUUUUGUGUGUGUAAUUCGUAUCUCGAUGCCGGAGCGGAGCAGUAAAAACGGCGAAUCGCAGCGCGUCACAGGUCAUCUGAGCGCUGAAGACGGGCAAGUGUGCUGA